AGUUAUUUACGGACCGAGGCAGGGCAACGCCCAAAGAGAACCUUUUACCAUUAGCCCACUGCGCGACUCCAUCAAAAGCAACCACCAAUGGCGGCUACCGGAAACGGCGAAAUUCUGAUGCUGGAGGCACCACCGGAAGCCUCACGACCUUGGUCGAAUUCUUCCAAUUCAGAAAUCAUAGACUCGUUGCCGUACAUCGACGACGAUUAUGGAGAUCCCUCCGUUAAGGCGGAGGUUGAUCGCCUUGUCGAAGAAGAGAUGCGUAGGAGCUCCAAGAAACCUGCCGAUUUUUUGAAAGACUUGCCUCCUCUUCCAAAGUUCAAUUUCGAGAAUUAUCCAAUGCUUGCUAAAGAAUAUGAACGUGUGAGAGCUGGAAAGCCUCCAGUUACUCUUGAUUUUUCACGAUAUGCUCACUUGGAUUUGCCUCUGGCUAAUAAGAUGAAUGAUGAAGCUGCUUGGAAGCAAGCACUUCAGCGAGCACAGCGUUUGCUACAGCAUCAAGUUAUCAGGUUGGAAAAUUUAGACCUAAUAUCAAAAUAUGGUCCAAAUGUCUGGAUACAACACAACCGACAAUUAGAAGUAAUGUUAUCCAGAAUGCAGAAGUUAGCUCAGGAACAAAAUGAAAAGAUUGAAGCUGUGAAUCGGGAAAGGAAAUAUCAUCAGCAAAAUACUGCAUAUGAGCUGAAUGCUUUAUCUAUGCAAUGGAAGGAGCUUUGUCACAAAAAUAUAGAAAUCCAAGCUGCAUGUACUAGAAUAGAAAUGCAGAUAGAGGAAUUGAAGAAAGAAGCUGCUGAGAGAGGCUGGAAUUUGGAAGCUAGCAUAGAGAAUGGUUCUUUAUUACAUGCAGCUCAAUGAGGAGAACAAACUUUGGUUGGAUUGUGUGGUGGCUCGAAUACAUGAAAAUCUUGUCGAAGGAAGUGAAACCUCUGUAAAAACUGAAGGUAGUCUUGAAGGGACAUUGAUGAUGUAAUGUUGUAGAUUGGGUUGCUCUGAUUCUGUAGUGAUUAACUUGAUAAUGUUUUGUAGCUGUCAAUUUGAAAUUGGAGAAGUCUCCUUCAAAGCAUAUUUAUUCAUAUUCCGUCACUUAUCUUGUUUGACAUGGAAAAAUAUUUGUAGUUCAUUUUUUGUGCUCUGUGCAUAUAAUUCAGAGGGCUGGUCUAGUUCAAGGCCGGUUUUGGUCCA